AUCUUGCGGGGCAGCCAUCAUUUGUGGGGCAUUCCUUCCUUUCUGGCCAUGGGGCUGCGACGAGUGCUCCCUUUGGCACUGCUUUCCUGCGCCAUGGGGCUGCGGCAACGAGCCCGGGCGCUGGCCGUCCGGGGCGGAGCCCUGCGCGAGAGCAUUGCCUACGGAGGACAGAAGAAGCCCGUUUUCUACGACAUGACGCACUCGAACAACGCGGCGCGCGUCCGGCUCUGGUUGCGACUCGUCGACCCGGCCCUGUCGCAGCAGGUAGAAAGCACGUUUAUUACCUACGACGACCUGAGGAGUGAGGAGUACGGCAAGCUGAACCCGCUGCGCAAGGUCCCCGCGCUCGUACGAGGUGAUGGGGGGACGGUCUUCGAGAGCGACGUGAUCCUCAAGUACCUGGCCGUGUGGAAUUCAAAUGUCGGGCAUAACCUAACUCACUGGUUGAUUUCCACACAGGUACCUCGAGGAUCUGUACGGGAACAACGAGGCGAUGACUCCCGCGACGCCGGAGGGCCGCCAGGUCAUGAAUUUAUUUAUCAGAAUACAUGAUAUAUAUAUCAGUUCGCCGAAUUGCUCUGCGGACGGCUUCUGCCACUCGCAGGGCGCCAUGUAUCUCUCAACAAAAUGGCACGGCGCGAGGAGAGGCAUGGACAUCGCAACCCGAGAAGCGAAGAUCGCCGAGAUUUUCAAGCAAUUGACCUGGCUCGAGGCGAACAAGGUCGAGGGGCCCUGCCCAGAGCACAAAACAAAUUUUUGUGCCCGCGCCGGUCCUACCAUAGCCCGCGGCUGAGUCAUGGUCUCCACGCCAUCGAUGCGACGCCUGCUCGAUGGCAUGGCGAUGCGGUUCUCCGACCGCGCAACUUGGCCAGCACAGCCGCGUUGUCGCCGAGAAAUGACUUCGCGAAGAAUUAUGCACCCGGGUCAUUGGUUGAUUUGCGCACAGGCCCUUCCUCUGCGGCGAAGACAUGACGCUCGCGGACCUAACUUGGAUGCCCACCUGCGUGUUCAUGGAGUUCCUCCUUCCGCGUGUCUUCGGCUGGGCGGACCCGUUCGGCACCGCGUCGCCCUUCCCGCGGCUCGCGGCCUGGUACCAGGGAUUGCUGGAGCGGCCGGCGUUCGCGGAGACGCGUUCCGAAAUUUGGAAUUACUGGGUGGAAAUGGAGAAGAAGGGCCAGUUCGAGCCGAUCGUCGCCGAACUCAACGCCGCGCCCGAGCGGAAGUGGACCUACCCCUGA